AUGAAGUACAUCAUCGGCAUUGGCGGCGUAACAAAUGGAGGGAAAACCACCCUCACCAACCGGCUGAUUAAAAUCCUGCCCAACUGCUGCGUUGUACACCAAGAUGACUUUUUCAAGGUGAGCCUGUUUCAGCCCCAAGAUCAGAUUCCAGUUGAAGAUGGCUUUAAGCAGUAUGAUGUCAUUACUGCGCUGGACAUGGACGCCAUGAUGAGCACCAUCUAUGCGUGGCUGGAGAACCCGGUGAAGUUUGAGAAGUCUCAUGGCAUCAAUAACACCCUGGACACGGAGAUACUCCCUAAGUCCGACCAGAAAGAGGAGACUCACAUCCUCAUUGUGGAGGGCUUCCUGCUUUACACGUACCAACCUUUGAUCGACGUGCUGAACCAGCGGUUCUUUAUUUCCAUCCCCUAUGAAGAAUGCAAAAAGAGGAGGUGCUCGAGGAACUACACGGUGCCAGAUCCCCCCGGCCUCUUUGACGGGCACGUCUGGCCCAUGUACUUGAAACACAAGAACAUCAUGGAGACGACAAAUGUUGAUGUUGUGCAGCUAGAUGGAACCAAGUCAAAGGAGCAACUGUUCAACUUUGUCUAUGGGGACAUCAUGAAUAAUAUCCAACAUUCUCUUUAA